AUGGCUGCUGUUAUUUCCUCGUAUCUAAGAUACUCUGCUACAGACAGACGGUACUAUGCCCGCCGAGUGAGAAAAACAUCGGAUGAUCCCGAACGGCGACCAUGCAUUUUCCACUGGGACCCGAUUAAGGAUGGAUUUGGCCAGGGCAGCUUCAUGCUGUUUCGGCGAAUUCCUGUAGGGUUUUUUGAUUUCAACUGGCAUCCUAUCUCGAUCAACCCUAGUCAGUCGUUGUUACUAGCAGAAAGCUCCCUUCCGCCACGCGAGGUACCGAUAUCAGAUCUAUACAUCAAAGAACUGCUUCCAGGCGCCAGCGUUUCCUGGGAGGUGUUCUUGCCGGCUGUUUACUUUGACUCCUUCCGACCGGGGCAUUACUACCAGACCCUGUGGGUAGGCGGACAAAUCCCUCUGUGGGACUGGGGCACAUUGGCGGAGUACCGGAAUUGCAAAUUAGACCCCAAAUCCCCACCGUUGAUUCUUCCCAGCUCGGAGACACAAUCGCUAUAUAUUCUGGACGAAGAAAGCGACAUUGAUGAUGUGGGCCCGUUGCCACCUUCGCCUCCACCACUUCUGGCGUCUGUCUGCCAAAUGGGUGGUGGUGGUGCCCCAAUCCUAACCUUGAGCAUAGCUGGACCUGCUACACUGUCGCUGAAAGACUACGAUCCGUCGAGUCGUCUUCGAUAUGCAGUGACGGCCACCCUAUUUUACAAAGCGGCCCCGAAUAUCUCUCUUCAAAAACCUAUUGUAUUUCAUACCUUCCUCUUUAAAGAUGUCGAUUGGCGUCAAGAGGGAUUUAGGCUCUACCGGAAAGAAAACGGCCAGUGGCAGCCCUAUGAAAUACGAGGUUCCUUCACAUAUCAUCGGUAUAGAUUUCCAAACCCUGUGUUAAAGAAUGUGGGCCGCAAUGAAGACAAUGACUUCCAUGCACUCAAUCCGGGUGAGCCGUGGUCGUUCACGCGAUGUGUGACUGAUUUUCCGGACAACGUGGUGCCCGGGGACACCUUCCGGUACUGUUACAAGGGGGCCCAACUCGACUGGUGGGAUUGGGGUCAUUUUCAAGAUCAUAAAGAAACAGUGGUUACUAUUGAGGGCAAAGUACGCGAGCCAGAAGAUAACGGAGGCCGACCUGCGCUUGUCGUACCGGCUAGUAACCACGUGGAGUUUACAGUGGUAGAAUGA